ACAGCUACUAAUGAGGCAUCAGAGGAGAACAUUAUAGUGUUGCUCCAAAAAGCUUGUGAAGUUUCAUCUGUUCCAGAUGAAGCUAACUCUGAUCCAGGCAGGAAACAAGAAGCAUAUCCGCAACCAGGACAGAAAGUUAUAAAGGAUUCAUGGAAACCUGCUGACAUGUUUAGUACCUUGGGUGAAAGAGAAGGGGAGAAAGCCUUACUAGAAUUUAGAAGGACCCAAUGGAAGAAGGAAUUAGAUGAACAGGUAGCACUGAAGAAGAAACUGAAAGAAACUUUGGAGGGAGAGGUGGGUUAUUUCUGGGCAAAACCUGGCAAUAACAAAGCCCAUAAAGAGAAAGUGGAAACAGCUAACCCAGAUCAGACAGUGUUUCCAGCUGACUCAGUUAUUACCACUGAGGAAAACUGUGUCUGUACAACUGCUUUAACCACAGAGGCUAAUAAAGUUCCACUGAAUGUUUCAAGCGCUCCAGCUGGACAGUCUUCUGAUUUCAGUUCUUCUGACUUAGCAGCUGUCAAUUGCACAGCAUUUGUUUUAGGGGAAGUUGUGCCGCAGGAACGACCUUUUAGUGCUUUGAAGCAUGAGCAACAGAGGAAGUGGCUUGAAGAGCUGGACAAACAGAAGGAAGAAGCUAAGCUACGAAAAAUAGAAGAAAAACUUAAUUUAUCAAAGGCUGAAGAGCAUGACAGAUGGGCAAUGCAUUUUGAUUCCUUAAAGAACCACCUUAAUGCUAAUGCACAACACCCCUUAAAUGGAAUGUACGAAAAGCAGCCUGAAAGUCUUUGCCUGUCACCUGACCCUAAGGCAUUGACUACUUUUAUUCACCCUUUUUCACCUGCAGCUUUAGGCAACCUCAUGCCGUCAAAGGUGGGAAAUGCAGAAAAAGCUGCUAAAAACAGUGCUUUGGAACACAGUCAGAAAGUCAGUUUCCUCCGUUCAAUGACAGCUCUCCUGGACCCUGCACAGAUUGAAGAGAGAGACAGGCGGCGGCAGAAACAGUUGGAGCAUCAGAAGGCAAUAAUGGCUCAGGUAGAAGAAAAACGGAAGAAGAAGCAACUGGAAGAAGAGCAGAGAAAAUGGGAAGAACAAGAGGAAGAACAGCGCUUAGCACGAGAAAAAGAACAAAUGCAGAAACAGUUUGAAGAAGAUAUGCUGAAACAAAAACAAAAGGAGGAACUCGUGACUCUUAAAACAAAUGAGCUUUAUCAGACAAUGCAGAAAGCUCAAGAAUUAGCACAGAGAUUAAAACAAGAACAGCGCAUUCGAGACUUGGCUCAGAAGGGACAUGACAUCUCAAAACUUCAGAAGAAUCUUGGUGGUGGUGAUACAGAAUUUGAAAAUUGUAAUACUGACCUUUCACAUCAAAGUCACAAUUUUUCUGAUGACAUUAAGAGCCACAUUGAUCAGCAGACUUCUCCUCGGAAAGACACUGCUGUACAGACAGAUGACUUUAAUACUUCAGCAUACACUGAGUCAGCUGAGGAAAGAACUGUGUGUUGCACAUCGCCUGAUAUUUCCAUAGAAUAUAAAGAAACCUCUAGCAGCAAGAAAUACCAGAAGGAAGUAGAGUAUAUAGAUAAAAAUAAAAUUUCAGGAAAAGAGAAUGGUGGCAUUUACAGUGAUCUAUACGAACAAUAUGCCAGAAAAGAAAGACACAUUAAGCCUUCAGAAAAAUACAGCAAAAGACCUGACUGGAACAUAAACAAGCCUGGGAAAAGAUACAUUCCAGCAUCAGAAAGAUACCCUAAACAGCUACAAAAACAAAGGGAAGAAAACAGAGUAAGACGACAAAUGGAGCUGCUUCAGCUGGUAGAAAGAAAUACCCCUGGGAAUCUCUGCCCAAAAAAAGGUGGUUAUUCAGACAGGUCUCCUUCACCUCACGAAGAAAUAAAUAUGAAGAAUAAGGGACAUAGAGUCAGAAAGGAUAAACAAUUACAUAAGAAUCAUUUGAAUGGAGAAAGAUCUGAAUCGCCACCUGUUCCAGCAGUUAAGAACAGAUUACACCAAGUGCAACAAAAACAGAUACAUGCUUCUAAUUUCCUGGUGCAUAACAACAAUAGUAGAAGAGAGAAAAAUAUCAAGACAGGUACACAGCAGAGGAGCUCCCCUCCUCCUGUUACAGAAGCUGGAAGACCUCCCUCUUCACAAUUUAUUCCGUAUGUUCGAACAAAUGAAGUAUAUCAUCUUGAUCCAGAUGCACCAGUGACUAGACCUUCAACACAUGACCCACAGUAUCGACAGUUUAAUGAUUCUUACCAAACGCCACGACAGAUUUUUAGCUCUGAUCACGUUAGAGAUCCUCUUCUAAAUCCUGAUGUAGUUAAAAUCAGAGAGAGACAACAAGCAAUUCUCAAAGGUUUGUCAGAAUUACGCCAGGGCCUCCUGCAGAAGCAGAAGGAAUUGGAGACUGCUCUGAUUCCCACCACAGCUCAAGAAGAGAACUUUUUUCCGCCAUUUUGA